AUUUUCUGCUUUAAAAUGUUAAAACUAUUCGUUUUUAUAAUUUCAUUAGGUUUCGUAUUUGGGGAUACAAAUGAUUUCGAUGAUCAAUCACGAAUUAUAAGUGGAACAUUGGCUCAAGCGGGGCAAUAUCCGUGGAUGGUAGCCAUAACUGUAACACGAAGUCAACGCACAGUGUUUUGUGGAGGUUCUCUUAUUUCCGAAAAUCGCGUUUUAACGGCAGCUCACUGCGUAGAUGGUAAUGAAGUUCGAAGACUUUCCUUAAAUUUUGGAGGAGUCAGAUUGGGACCAAACGAAAAUAAUCGCCAGACAGUUCUAAUAACGGAAAUUAGGAAUACCACCAUUACAGUUCAUGAACAAUAUAAUCCUAUAUACAUGGAACACGAUAUUGCAAUAAUACGAUUGACAAAUAAUAUUGUAUUUAAUGAUCGAAUUCAAAGGAUACAAUUGCCAACAACAGCUAACCCUAUUACGGUGAGUGACGGCCAGCUAGUUCGCGUUAGCGGAUGGGGUAUGGAAAGUACUGCUGCCAAUGGUUUAAGUGAUCGUUUAAGAUGGGCUGAUCUUACCGUAAAUUCUACAUCUUGUGGUACACAUUUUGAUCGGGAUAUAAUUAUUUGCGCUUAUUCAAUUAAUGGAAACAAUAUUUGUGAUGGUGAUUUCGGAAGUCCUAUUGUCAACUACAAUUCACUAAAUGUAGGUAGUUCUGUUCUGGUGGGAGUUGCUAGCUUUCUACUUGGAGAUGGUUGUGGUACUACGUCACCAGCUGGAUUUACACGUAUCUCGGAUACAAGCAUUUUAAGUUGGAUAAAUGAGCAACUCCGAAGCGUUACUUUAAUAAAAACUUAUUUAACUAAUAGAACACAAAUUGUGAACUGUCAUGGUAACUUAUCUAAGAAAAUGAUCGUUAAUAUCGGGGUUCCUCAGGGGUCAAUCCUGGGACCUCUUCUUUUCUUAAUUUACGUCAAUGAUUUAGCUAAUAGCAUUCACGGUGCGUCUGUAAUCAUGUAUGCAGACGACACCACUAUAAUCAAAUCAGCCAAAAUGAAAUUUUUGAUCGUCCUUGUUUCGGCUUUGGCCGCCGUAUCGGCUUACAACGCAAAGUCGAAAUUUAUGACUUUGCUUGACUAUUACAACUACAUUGAUGAUGGACGUAUCAUCGAUGGGAAACCUGCUGAUGUUGGACAAUUUCCCUGGCAAGUAGCCGUUAAUUUCAUUGUAAGUGGAUCAUCAUAUUUUUGUGGAGGUGCUCUAAUUUCUAACCAAUGGGUUUUAACAGCUGCUCACUGCGCAGAUGGUGCCUCUAGUUUCACAUUGAGACUUGGCACAAUCUAUUCAUCUGGUGGUGGAACUGGAUCCCUUACAGUUCAAACAACUACAGCAUUCGUUCAUGAAGGUUACAACAGUAAUUUAAAUAAUGAUGUUGCCCUUAUUCGUCUUAAUGACCCAAUCGAAUUCUCCGAUGUUAUUCAACCAAUUAAUCUUCCAUCAAAGGGUGACACAGCUACUACUGGAGAAACUCUUAGAGUAAGCGGCUGGGGAAAAACUAACGACAACGGUAGUGUUAGUUCCGCUUUGAACUAUGUUGAUCUUACAACAAUCAGUAAUACACAAUGUGCUAAUUAUUAUGGAUCAGCAACAAUCAUCAGUUCAACUCUUUGUUGUGUUGGCAAUCCACAUCACAGUACUUGUAAUGGUGAUUCUGGUGGCCCACUUGUAAGAAUUGAUGGUAAUAAGGUCACUCAUCAUGGUAUUGUAAGUUUUGUUUCUUCUGCUGGUUGUGCUAGUGGAGCCCCAUCUGGUUAUGUACGUACUGAAAGUAUGCUUGAUUGGAUUUCUUCUAAAACAGGUAUCAAAGUCGAAUAAAUUUGUUAAAUUAAUAUUAUUACAUAAAAAAUUGUAACAUUAAAACAUUAAUAAACCAAUUAAAAAAAUC